AUGACCGCUUCGUUGGCCACCAAGCCUUUUCGGCAUGAUGGCUUACCUGAUGUAACGAUCAAAGGUCUUGGGACAGCACUUCGGACUCUCCCCCUCUUUGAUACAAACAAGGCCUACUUGAGAAUCACUGACCAGCCUGAUCAGUUCUCUUUUAAAAUUCAUGGGACGGCCAAAGCUUCAGCAACCCUCCGUGAUCCGAAUACAAGCAACCUGGAAACUUUGACCGGUAUUCAAGCUGUCGAAUCUCUGGCUGACUCCACCAGGGCCAUCGGAAUUGCCGAAAUUCGAUAUGAUCCGAAUGGUAUCAGACAAUGUGUUUCUCUGCGCGAGGCUGAGAAAUACCGCCGAGAUGCCCUUACACGAGUGACCUUCCUCUUGUACGCCGAUCACGUCAGUGAACAUCUGGAGGAAUGCAAAAUGCCACCGCUCCGUAGUCUUGCUCGCUAUGACGGCUUCCCCAAAGCUUUUAUUGAAUCACUUUCUAGAGAAGACUCAAUCGAGGAUAUGACGGAGCACAUGGGGCUUGGUGAGGCUACCUGGAUAGAAGCAUCCUUGUUCCUUGUGCAGUAUUUCAGCCAACCGGAACGACCACAAAUUCUGUCAAGUGACGAUGUAUGGAAGAGCCCCGUGGGCGAUAUUGCAUUGAAAUGCAUUCAGCAAGCCAGUGGAUCCCCCUUGGCAGGUCGCGUCGCACUUGGCGCUUUGAGAGCCCUCCCAGUGUCAUAUGGCAUUUUCGACAACGCCACCUUUCGGCCGCCUGAGCAUGAAGAGGUUUUGGGUCUGUUAGAGAAUAUGCCCUUCCACCCCGAGUCUGGUACCAAAACGGAGGAGAUCCUCAAGCAGAUCCAGGAUCUCGGAGGCGCAGAAGGAUGGCAAUCCCAUACUCACGAGCUCGCAGUUCUCUGGGCGAAACAGCAGCAGAUCGUUUCGGAAGAAGCAGAGACUCUGGCUCGUAGUGUUGACACAGUCCCCCAGAACAUGCUUUCCUUGCAGGAUAUGGCGGCAUACCCCUUGCUGCACUUUGUGCCGUUGAGAGUAGAGGCGAUGGGUAUCGUAUACUAUUUGAGGAAUUGCACAUGUUUUAUCGCUGGAACCAAGAUCAUCACAAAAUCUGGAAACAAGCCUAUCGAAGGCCUCGAAGAAAAUGACUGGGUAUUGACUAACGGAGCAAACGACGAAUGGGGCCUUGUGUCUGACGAAAGAGUUGUUAUCCCAGUAGACUCACCUAUCAUCUAUGGGUUCAACAAUGAAGCUCCGUUCUUCACUGCCGGCCACGUCUUUCACACGACUACUGGUCUCCGAGCUCUCGAUGCCGAGCUGGCAAUCAAGGAGAACCCCUGGGCAGAAGUCGGUCGACUUUCAGCUGGUCAUAUUCUAUACCGGCUGGGAAAGGAUGGGAGGACAUACGACCAAGUUCCCAUUCUGGAUAUUAAUUGGCGCCAGAUGCCCGAGGUCACCGAGGUUUACGGCGUCCAUCUUCGCGAGGGUCGACGAAGCUACCACGCCAAUGACUACCUUGUGAUGGUCAACUACCCAGAGAUCACACUGAAACGAAUUUGUUCCACACUUGCGACAUUCUCACAGGAGGAUCAAAUACGACUUCUACGGUCACUGAAAGAACUGAAUCCUCUUUUUGAACGAUUCGGAAUAGCAACCGUUUCCGAAAUGGUUCAUCGCGAAGUCGAGGCAGCAACGAAUAGCUUGACCGCGCGGAUGUACAACGUCACCGAAAACAAGCUGGCCGGUCUUUCACAUGCAUCGGUAUGUUUCUAUCCAGAAGAGAUACCUGGUCAAGACUACUCCCAGCUUCCGCAUGCACUCCCCAUUGUAACUCUGUUCGACGGAAUCACUUCAGUAAAUGGAGUCGUCUGUGAGUAUGGACGUGUGGAUAACGCCAAAAGUGAAUAUAUGACUUAUGGCUCUGAAUGCGAGCUCGAGAUGGACCCUCUUAGUGUCGGCGUUCCAAAACAGGAGCUGCUUUUCAAAGCAGCAUCUUUUGAGCCCGUUCAACUCAAUACAGACGGGCCCAUAGAAGACUCAAAUGGUGAGCUGAUGUUGAAGUCUGUCGAUGUGGAAGAGAAAAAGAUGGCGGCAGUCGAUGGGAUUAUGACAUCACAAGUGCACGCCGAGACGGUCACCGGAGCUUCUGCUCCCACGAGGGAUAUUCGAUUUGAAGUAAAGCCACGGGAGUAUGAUGUUGUCUACGACGAAGCACCCCUGCAAAAGGACCAAGUACAAAUUCAGAGACAACUCGACUUCGGUCCUAUACAACUGGCGACUCAGCGAGUGAUCACAGAUGGAACUCCGGGAAUUUUGUUCACUGAUAUCGCUAUUCCUGCCCUGGACAACAUUUUGGAUUUAUGGAAUCGCAAGCAGAGCGACGAUACCUUGAAGAUCUCGCGCUUGUAUGAGACGGCGACCAUGAUGCACAAUGGGCGACUAAAAGCCACCGUCACCAUUCCACCAACAACUUUGGAGAACCUGAAGACUUUGGAAGAUAGGAAAGACGCUGAGGAUCCUUCCAAAACAUCGACGUUUAAAGACGAGCUUGGAGAAGAAGCCAAACUUCCUUUGCUGUUUGCUAGGCUCGAGCUGAACUUCUCAGACGACAAGAGUGAGAUUGUUUCUGGAACAUUGUGGGAGUAUAAUCAAGAUCCUUCAAGAGAUGGCGCUGAAGGAAUUCGACACCUGAUCAUGUCACGUCCGGGCUCUGCCUCACAAAGAGUUCCGGUUAGAAUAGGUCACGGCCAGAUCGUAGGAGAUAUACCUACGGGAGGGCCGACUGGUGGGCAGACAACGCCACAGAAAGAGCCAAUAUUCCAGCCACCAGUCGGCAAAAGCGAUUUGGCAUUACAGAACCUUCAUGCCAUAUUCGCAAAAUACAACGAUGAUACGGUGAAGUCAACAAGCGAUCUGAUAUUCCAGAACCUCAUGUUCUAUCAUAUGGAUCAGGGCCAUGCCUCAUUACUAUCUUCAAAGGACAAGGAAACCCGACAACUACCGGACCAUCUCGGCGGCAAUCUCCCAUCGAAUCUAUCCAAAUGGAUAAAGGAGACCUUUGGACCAGCAUAUACCUGCCUUCAAAUUGCCCAGAGUCUGCAAACUCGAGAAUGGCGGUCCAAAUUUACAGACGACGAGAAGAAGAAGAUUCUGUAUUUUUGGCAGGGCCAAGGUCCAAAAUGCCUUGUCAAAUGCCCAGAGAAUGCGACUUUAAAUCGCCUGUGCCUCCUCGAAGCCUUGAAGCAACUUUUCCCCGUCCUCCAGAAAUUCAUCAAUGAUGGCGGGGAGAAGUGGGCACAAGCAUACUUAGAUCAGCUUCUGAACGUCAAGAUGGACGACAUCGUGGAGGACAUGGAAAGCAAUCCGCGGAUCCUAGACAGGUACACCACGAUCCUCUGGGCGCUUUAUCCGGACGGAAACUAUCAUGAGCGUUUCCGAGAUGCUAUAUAUACGAAGUUCCUCGGUUUCGCCAUGACCCAGCGGGUUAACAAGGACGCAGUGAUGGACUGGCUGCCGCACAUCACCAAAGCCUUCAUCGGCGCGAUCCUAAACGAGAAUUACGAGGGAAUCGACAAAGAUUUGAGAGAUCUGUUGAGAAAGGAGCUGGAUACCUUUAUGGCUGCCCAUCGAGACAUUUUUGAAAAGAACGGGAAAGAAUUUGCUGCCAAGAACUACGCUGACAUGGUUCACAUCCUCGUUUCCGGAGAUUUGGCAGCGAAAUCACUCCUGAUUAUAGGGGUAGGCUCGUGGAAACGUGGGAAGUUUGGAAACUGGGACCACCUAAAAGGGCAGAGCCUCUUGGAGGUAAAUUUAAAGUCUGGAUGGAAAGGCCUUGGAGUAGCGUUCAAGAUGAGUCUCAUUGGAUUCAGUAUCUAUAAUAUUGUCAUGGGAAGCAAGGAUAUGAGCGCAGCCCAGAUAGGACGAGUCACGACGGACGUAACGAAGGGGGUUUUCGACAUCCUUACACCUUUUCUCUUGAGGCCCGAAGUUAAGAAUGCAAGGGAACUGGUGGCGCAGUGCCAGGUAAUAAACCAGACAAGCGGCAGAAAGCUACCCGCCUAUGCCCUUGGAAAGGCGAACGCUACAGAGCUUAAAUUCGACGUCCAUGACUUUGAUGUCGAGCAAAUCGCCAAAGUAGGAAAUGAGAAAGCAGCGAGAGAGACAACCUGGUUCGGAAGAAUGAGAAGAAGACUCUCCCUCUCAUCAAGAGUCAUACGCUUUCUUAGCGUCGCUAUAAGUGCUGUGGUCGUCGCGUUCAUGAUUUGGGAUUUGUGCAACCAAUGGGGUAAGCUCUCCGGCACUGGCAGAGGAUUAGCGAUUGCACAGAUUGCUAUUGAGGCGGCUGCUGUGGUCGUUGGAAUUAUUGGCCUGUUCUCUACCUGUGCUUUGAUCCCAGUCAUUGGACAAGUUCUUAUGGUGGUUGGUUUGGUUAUCUCGAUUUUCUACUUGGUGUAUGGCAGACCAGAACCAGAGAAGACCCCCGGGGAGAAGUUCGUUGACAGUAUGAGGGGAGACAAUGGCUGGCUCAAGAAGAUCGAUGAUCCUCCUUCGACUGCACUCGAGUGGACCAUUACGCCAACUGAUAUACCCAAGGACGCAGAUUUUUCUUUCAAAGUCACUGGCAAGAAUACCAAGAGUUCGAGCAUAGAGUUCAUCACUACACCUAAUGCUGAGAAACCUUCAUCCGACACUGAAAUUCUCUCUAUCAAGUUUGGCUUCACCACUGGCUCUGACACCGUCUGCCUGUUCAGCAACGAGUCUUUCAGCACCGCCCCCGAUGCCAAAGACGGAAAAUGUACCUACAGUGGCCCAGAUGAUAUUUUCCAGAAGAGGCUACACCAGCCGAAUGGAAAGAUUGGUGGCGUGAUCUCAUACGAGUACGAGUUGCAACCACUGCCACAGAGAGAUCCAACUUCAACUUCCAAGCGUAUCUUGCCUAGCGGAGGAUCAUUUUCUAUCACAGUAUCUGGGAAGACGAGGUCGUCAGAUAAGGAGUUUACGUUGAAACUUAUGGAAGAGCGCCCGGGUCCUGUUUGCGCCAUUAAGGUUCAAACAUUCUCUAGAAAGAAGUAG